AUGCUUGUGUUUGCAUCCUUGAACGCUGACUAUUUCACCGGCCUGCCAUGGAAAGAGUUGUGGUCGCCUCGCAAAAUCCACAACUCUAGACUUGGACAGUGGGUGGAGAAAUAUGAAGAGGCCGUCAAGAAAGAUACAGACAUGGAGCAAGGUGAGCAAUUGGAUCCAGAAGAUGUCGUGAGGAUGAUGCAAGUGCAGCUGCGGUUGUCUUGCGGUUUCGGCGUCGUGGAAGUUGAGGGAGAGCUGCACAUUCAGUUGCUCCGGUCUGCCGCGACGCUGCUGCAGUGGCACUUGAAGGAAGUCACUCACGGGAUGGGAGUCGGAGGCCUUGAACUUGAGCCUGUGUUAAAAGAUGCAAUGAAAGAGGUGCAGGACGGCAUGAGAGGGGUGCUGAUACUGGUACGGCUCUCCUCGAGCCAUGCGCCGGCUGAUCUCAGGCUAUGCUGGCGCUUGAGCAAGGAUUCCGUCCGCUUCAUCCUCUGCUAUCUGUAG